GAUAAGUCGUUGCUUUGGCUGCUCCCGGGGUCGAGUUCUUGAAAGUUGAGAACGCUUCAUGCUCCACCGUGACUAGUGCUGUUGUUUUCGGCUAUGGAGAAAGCAUCACACUUGUCCGUGAUAGUAGACCUAUCGCCAACGCAAUGGCACCUCUCUGCACAAGCAUCAAACCAGUAUCCACUCUCCAUCGAGACGUUCCUCUCGCAGCUCCUCGCAUUUCUGAACGCGCAUAUCGCGUCUAAGCAUGAGAACUCACUUGUAGUGUUUGGCGCACUUCCCGGGAAGAGUGUGAUGCUUUAUUCAUCGACGGAGCUGCUCACGGAUGACGUGCCCUCUUUGGAUGCUAAUUCGUAUCUGCCUUUCAAGCUUGUGGACUCAGUAGUCGUACAGAGGAUCAUGAAUGAGUUCGAUGCUAUUGGAAAGCUUGAGGAGGAACCUCCAUGUGCAUUGGUAGGCGCUGUGACGAAGGCCCUAUGCUACAUCAACCGUAUCACCCAUCCCUCAUCUUCGGCGGCCGGUGUCGCAGAGGACCCGUCGAUCGCCCACGACCCUCGCAUUUUAAUCCUAUCAGUCUCCCCUGACUUGUCUUCUUCAUACAUCCCGAUUAUGAACGCUAUAUUCUCCGCUCAAAAACUGAAGGUGACAAUAGACGUGUGCAAGGUUUAUGGGCCCGACACAGUAUUCUUGCAGCAAGCAGCCCACCUGACGAAUGGGUCGUACAUCUACCUCGAACGCAGAGACGCAUUUCUGCAAUACCUGAUUAUGUCCUUCCUGUCACCACCAUCCAUCCGCAAGAUUCUGGCUGUACCAAAGCAAGACAAGAUUGACUUCCGCGCUGCAUGCUUCUGCCACAAGAACAUUGUAGACGUCGGUUUUGUCUGUUCCGUCUGUUUAUCUAUUUUCUGUCAACCACUCCCAGUGUGCUCUACGUGCCGAACAAAGUUUCCCAUCAAUACACUCAAGCGACUCAAUGCUGCUCGCCCUACCAUCACUCCUGUAAAUUCACGCACGGGGCUUCCGCUGGCCAACUUGAAUAAUUCAGCAACGCCUCGUCCAAGUCCUACCCCACCGAAUGGGAUGUCUAGUCUCCGAUGACGAUGGGGUGUAACCGGUAACCCUCGGAUCAUGGCGCACCGCGUGAAGUGUUAUCUACAUAGAUGAAGACAGUGUCCAUUGACACAAUUACUACCCCCCGCAUGAAGGCUGCAUGAGGUUACCGGUGAAUGGGCAGUGCAGUUAUGUACACCGACAGCUUGUCUGCAUCUACGGUGGAGCCAGUCGACGCUGGCCGACGCAAAAUGGACACCUGCAUGUUAUCAUAAUCAGUAACCCAAACAUUUUUGUAUUAGCUUUGCGAGUACCUUUGGUGAGGGUUGGGUGGUGCUUGCGUACGCGACCGCCAUACUUUCUGUAGUGAACGCGCACCAUAACCUUGCUGUGCAAUAAAUAUGUCCCUAAUGAAUAAAUAAGAUGGUAUGGAGAUGACUUACGCACUGCUUCAACUUCAUCGUCGC